AGGCUUUGGGCUACUGCAUCAGAAAGAAGAAUCAUCUGAGUGUUGGGAAAGGAACUUGCUAUAGUUUAAGGAAUGCCACCGCGGAAGGCCAUCUUUUAAAAAAGUUCUGCUUCAAUCGAAGGAAAUGGCUUUUGAACCAACCUAUCUGCUCCUUUGGUUCCAUUUGCAAGUAUGAAACUGAAAUGCCAACAACCCUAAUCAUCCAGUUUCCCAUUAAAUUAGGGUUCAAAAAAGGUCAAAAGCUUCCCAGAGGAGGCUUAAAUUUUCCGGCUCCCCUAUUUCAGCUCCCUUUUCUCAGUGUGCCUAAUUGACAUCAAGCUGCUAACGUUCACUUCCAAGACAUGGCAGCCCAAUCAAUCUACGACCUCACUGUUAAGGAUGCUAAGGGCAAUGAUGUUGAUCUUAGCAUGUACAAGGGGAAAGUCCUAAUGAUCGUCAACGUUGCAUCGAAGUGUGGACUGACCAACUCCAACUACACAGAGCUCAAUCAAUUGUACCAGAAAUACAAAGAUCAAGGCCUGGAAAUACUAGCUUUCCCAUGUAAUCAGUUCGGUGAGCAGGAACCUGGAACUAACGAUCAGAUUGUAGACUUCGUCUGCACUCGCUUUAAAUCUGAAUUUCCAGUCUUUGACAAGGUUGAAGUGAAUGGUGAUAAUUCCUCCCCACUGUACAAGUUCUUGAAGUCUGGCAAGUGGGGAAUUUUCAGCGAUAACAUUCAAUGGAACUUCACCAAGUUCCUCGUCGAUAAGGAUGGAAAAGUUGCUGAUCGUUACUACCCCACAACUUCCCCUCUCAGCAUUGAGCACAAUGUGAAGAAGCUCUUGGGAGUUCUGUAAGCAGAUAUGAAGAAGCCUCUGCCUCUGGUGGUGAAAGCAAGUUGUAAUAAAUGAUACAAUGUAAAAUGUGGUACUCAAUAAAUUUAGCCAAUGUUUGUGGUUGUUGAAUCAAAA